CGCCACCAUCGAUUAUCUCCCUUCUCUGCUUUUCUUCUUCUUCUUCUUCUUCUUCUUCUUCCACUUGUAUUCUAACACUUUUUCUCCUUCCAUCUGCACUUCCACUUUUUCAAGCCAUGUCUUUUAUGAAAAAGCGUUCCAAACAACAGCCCUCCAAAAUGAUGGCCGCUCCUGUUCCCUCCCAGGACUCUUUCGCCUCAAACAAUAGCCCACACCCAACCAUGACCAGGGCCUACAGUGCUUCCUCUGCAGAAAGCAGCAUCCACCGCCGCAUAAACUCCUAUGACCCCAACAACGCCUUUGGCGACCACAGCAGCAACAAUCCUGACGAGUUCAAUUCGAUUCCUCUUACCACCACCCACUACGCCGACUCUGAUGCCCAGGCUCAUCGUAACCAGCAAUAUCACCACGACCAGCAGCAGCUCCAGCAAGUCUUACCAGGUGCUAAGGUGGGUCGCUCACGCUCGCUCUUCCGUCGUCAAUCCCGGCAUGGUCAAGUCUACACUCAGGGCACUGUUCCACCUGUUCCGCAGGUGCCCAUCCAUCAGCACACCGGAAAGGCUGCCUCUCCUCUCCUCCGCCUCGACGACCCUAUCCUCAUCAGAAUCGCACGGAACCUUGACUUGAACCAGCUUAUGGACUUCUCUCACCUCUCCAAGCGCUGCCGUGCAAUUGCAGCCAAGACCCUGACCAUUGCUCUCCAGCGAACUGUUCUCAAAGCAACACUUUGCCAAGAGCGCAAAGCCGUCUUUUCGCUUGAGUUUAUCUUUCAACACCUUGACCCAGCCUCGUUGCAAGCCGUCUUCAGGGCUUCACAAUUGAAGUCAAGACGGUAUUUUGAGAACUCGGCCCUAGCACGCCCCGUUGUCCAGGCUCUUACUUUAGUCACACCAAACGGAUACCAUCACCCUAUCUUCAAACUCGCCGGCUUUGAGGAUCCCACAAAUAACGGUGAGGCCAUGUCAGAAAGAGAUAUCGAGAGGGCUACGACAUUGUUGGCCCGUCCCUUUGAGCUCGACAUCAAGGACAAGGGUUACUAUCGUGUUUCGCCUACAACCUCGUGCAUGGUCAACACCCCUUUCUUUCCCUCUCAGCCUCUGCUGGACCCCCUGGUCCCCAUCGUUAUGGAGGGCGCCACCCAUGGAGCGCCUUCUUGGGAGAUGAUGUACAAGGUCGACCUCCUCCCGCCCAAUUACCCACAGAGAGUGCAGCAGCAGCAGGAAAAGAUUUAUCAGGAGCGAGUGCGGCAGGCAGCUCUGAACGGCGAAAAGCCCCCACCGCCCCCUACCAGAAACAGCCCCGUUGCAUCUAGCCUGCCUUCAACGUCAGGAUUUGUACCUCUACCGGCAAUCAAAUCAGGACCCAACCUGCGAUCAAUUAUUCCUGAACCAUCGCCGCUUUCGGGAUCAGAUUCUAAAUCUAGCAAACUGCAGCGCAGGCCCACAGUGGUACGACCUCCGCCUGAGGGAUGGGGUCCUCUCCCACCUCUGGCUCCCCCACCAGCUGUACCGGCAUCCCUGGCAUAUCAACUCGGCGCCAGAACCGUCAAUCCUGGUGGCGAUCCUUCUUCACCGACACACGGACAAGGCUCACCGAUGUCCCCAACCAUGUCCUCAUCAGCACCGUCGUGUUUGGAGCCCGAAUUGGCGGAGGAUACGGAGCGGUUCCUGACACUGCUCUUUUUACAGCUCCCGAUCCAGACGCUUUUCCCCUUCACGGCAGCUCAGGCUAACAGGAGGCCGAAUAACGGAGGCAUUGUCCCCGGAUGGAUGUCAAAGAGCAGGUUGGGACGCAGCCUUACAAUGAGAAAGAGCGUUGACCACGGGAAACAAAAGGCUUGCUAUACUUCAUUAGAGUAAUAGCGCGUUUAGUAUGAUAUAAAUCAUUCUUGACUAGCCCUUCCUUUUUUUCUCUACAUAUACUUUGAAAUAUAUUGAGUACAUAUCAACAUUGAAGCGAUAUUA